CUCAGAUACCCGCUCGCCCCCAGCUGUCCCUGCGUCUCACCAGGGGUCGCUGUCAGACGCAGCUGCCCCCCCGACCUCUCGGGACCUCUCUGAGUCCACCAUUCCCCUCAUCAUCCCGCUGCCGAGGGCUGGGUGGCCUCGCACUGAAGCAGCAGCUGCCGCUGGCUCGCCAAAUGAGGCGAGAGGGGCUUCGUGGGCCGGGAGGAGGUGCAUGGGAUGGGCAUUCGACGGGAGGGGCGACGACCGAUUGCCCACGGCAGCCGAUGGCGCCAAUGGGGGUGCCAUCUCGGAGAGUGUCGCGUCAAUGGGCGACAUGAUGGGGGCUGUAGGAAAACCCUCCACUGCCUGCAUAUCGACAGACGGACAUACAAACAGAUGUGCGUGUGGAUCGUCGGCUGUCUAUUGCCCCGUGUCUCUGAUGUGUAUGCUGUGUACCUGCUGCCCGUCGGCAGACAAUGAUGCACCGUCGGCUACGGGUGCUCCUGGAAACGCGAACAGCUGCAUUUGAGCAUCACACACAUGCAAGGGAGGCGACCGCAUUGGUCCGAGCAUUGUUGUUCUUUCGUUCGGUCUUUUGGUAUGUACCGGGGCCGCUUGAGCACACGGCGGUGCAGCAACGUCGCCAUCAUCAGCACCAACACCAAAGCCGGAAGGCCCCCACUCCACCCUAUACAUGUUGCCCGCCAGCCAGUGCUGGUCGCCAACACCAACACCACCACUGAGCUGCCCCGCCCCCACAGCCGCUGAUGCCUCGCUGGCGGCGUCCAGGCGAUGGCUCGGGAAGGCCCAUGGCGAGGCCACCUGCGUGUGGAAAGGGCAGAUAGAUGUGUGUGUGUCAAGUCCCCUCUCCUUUGUCUGUCUCUGGGAAUGUCCACCUGCUGCUGGUCAGCCUCUGCCGCACCGUUGGUGAUGGGAAACGGAAAGGGCAUCUGCAUGACCAACAUAGCGGGAAGUGCCACAUGUCUCCUGCCAUGUGUGUGUUGCAGGUUUGUCUGCAAGGUACCGGGGGCAUGUGCGCGUGUGAGGGCACGGCCUCGUCAACUGCUGGCGGAGCGAAGACCGAGUCACCCGACCAACCACCACCACUAGAAGCAUGAGCAGCGGCGGGUGCAGAGGGGUCGAGCAAGGCAGACGGCGACACAGACGGCUCGGUGGGCGGCUGUGGUGGCGAGGCACUGGCGGGGGGACGAGUCGACAGAGCUGAAGGAGCAGCCUGCAGGCAUACCCAAGCGACAGCGGGGCACAUACACGGAGACGAGUGCACAUACAGACGGAUUGUCGGCCGCCCAUGGCCCCCUGCCUCUUGUGUGGUGUGCAUCUUUGUACGUGCCUGCUGUUGUCCAUCCUCGUGUGUGGCUCCUGACGGAGUUGCCGACCGGUCGGCUGCAGCCAGUGUGGAAGUGUCAGCCACCUGCAUGUGAGACCAUCAACAGCAUACGAGCAAAACGCACAAAUGAGCAACCGUUCCCCAUCCAUGAGCAUCGACAAUGAGUACCUGAGGCACUGGUCCGCUGGGUGGCGCGGCCCCGUGAGCGCCAGCAACACCACGCCCAGCAGCGACACCGUCACGCACCUCUCCCGCCGCAUCUUCGACUUCCUCACUGGCGACAGGUGGGUGGCUAGGGGGCUGGUGUAGUGGGGGAGGGGGGGGGCCACGACUACUCGACGACGGGGAAGCAGCCUGCAUGCAAACAUGGCAAACAAAUACCAACCAACACAUGUGUGUGUAUCCCCGUGUGUCCCGUUGUCCUUCCCUCCUCCUUGGCCCGACCUCAUCAGCGGUCAACUGCUCGAUCUGAGACAAGAUGGCCUUUGCAGCGUCUGAGGGCUCCCACUUCUGACCGUGGACUGCCCAGCACUCGAGAGUCGCCCACCAGCUUCAGUCCCAGAUCCAGCCCCUCAAUCAGCUCGUCGAGGGACCCCCGAUCGAGUGGCGACCAGGCGAGGCCCUUGCGGCACAGCCUGGCCAACAGCAGCGCCACUGGCUUGACCCACUCCAGCCCAUCCACUCCCUCACACUCACGCAGGUCGUUGAAGCUCUCGCUGCCCGGCUUCUCGCGCGGGAACCCCCUCUCGUCAAAGAUCUCCUUGAGGGUCUGAUCCCACUGCAGCAGCUUCAUCUUGGCCUCUCGCAGCUCCCUCUGCUCACGGUCCUCCGGGCUCUCGUUCUGAGGUGUCUUCUUGUCGAAGGUCCAGCGGGCCAGAGAGUUGCCGAGCAUCUGCUCCCGGAUGGACACCGAGCAGUGGAACCUGCCCACCCAGCCGGCAUCCACGAACAUGCCGCUCCUGUCAUCUGGGACCAGCCCCAGGCCGUUCCAACGGUCGAUGUUGGUCUUGAGCAGCUCACGGAUCUUCGUGUGGUCCUCACGGAUCUUCGUCUGGUCGUCCUCCCUGCCCCCCAGCAUCUCCUCCAUAUCCCCCUCUUUCACCGCAUGCUGGACAUAGAAGACGCUCUCCUCGGGCGACUCUUCCAGGGGCUUGCCGGCGACGCUCUGGUCUGCUGCCGCUCGGUCUGCGGCGGUGAAGCUCACGAAGACCGCGUUGCGGCCCGAGAGGAAGCUGGAACGGUCGAAGGCCCUCUCGCGUGUCUCCAGAACGUCUGCCAUAUCGACAAACUUGGGCACGCGGAGGGGGGCGUCUUGGCCACGCGGUGAAGUGCAGCCGUGUAUUGCUUCCUCAAGGCUCCUGUGGUGGAAGAACGUGUCGGCCGCUGCGUGGUCGCACAGCAGCAGCUGAUACGUCCGCUGGGCCUCUCGAUACCCCACGGCGGUGAGCUUCGCGCUCCCCAGAAUUUGCCGCAGGUCUGUCAAGAUAUCAUGGCGAAUGAUUUGGGGUGGGCCUUGCUUCUUGGUGUUGGGGGUGGGGGUGGGGUUGGUCAGCAGGCGGCACUUCUCGACUAUCUUGGGGAAGCUGUACUUCUUAUGGUGCCCCUUGACGGCCAUGUACGCCCCUCGACCAGUAUCUGAAGGCCGGCCGACAACACACACGAUACACGAAUCAGCAGGUGCAUGCCGUCAUGCCUCUCUCCCUCUCUCCUCUCCCCCUUUCUCCCCCUUGCUCCCUCACUCACCAAGCAGCUCCAUCACAACAACAUCGACAUGCUCGUCUUUCUUGCCCUCCUCCACCAGCCGCCCUCGUAUUGGCUCAUCGUAGACGAGCUCGACGAAGGGAAAGAAGCGAGGCCGUCCACCGUCCUUGAGGAUGUUACGUGCGUGUUUCAGCAUCCUCGCUUCUCUGACGGCUUUGGGAUUGACGGCCUCGUUUUGUCCAGAGGGGAAUAACUUGAAGGCAGCACUGGGGUAAUCGUAGCCUGCCGAUCCCCUCCACACCUUGGCUGAGGCUCCCGCACCGCCUGGCAGCUCUGUCAGGUGGUAGAUGCGGUUGUCCACAUUCAGCUUGGCCGUCCGCAGAGGAGGCCCUGCCGAUGUCGGCUGUGUGUGCGAUGCCAUCAUCACGACCCGCCUCUCGCCGCUUCUUGCUUAGCGACCAUCUCGGGUGGCAUCUCCUGCACACACACAGCGCAGCAAUGCUGUAGAUGCCUCCUCCCAGCGGUGCUUCGUGUGCUUUCUGACCUAUCGAAUGGAUGGCCGACGUGACAAACCAGACAAAGCAACCCAUUCACGUCUUCCUUCACUUUCUGCGAGCCCUAUGCUACACUCUUUUCC